AUGGAUCCGCUCAGAGGAUCCGAACCCGAAAACCCUAUUGCCACGUGUCUCUCCAUGCUGUCCCUCCGCCGCUUCUCCGCGUGCCGCGACUUCGCCCGCCGCCUCCCCCCCUCCGACUCCGUCCCCCGCGUCCUAGCCGUCGCCGACGUCCUCUCCGCCGCCGACUUCUACUCCGUCCUACAGCUCCGCCCCUCCGACGGUGGCAACCGCGACCUCGCGCGGCGGCAGUACGCGAAGCUCGCGCUCCUCCUCGACCCAACGAACCCCGACAAGCUCCCGUUCUCCGACGAGGCCCUCGCACGUGUCCAGGAUGCCUGGCACGUGCUCUCCCACCCCGAACGCCGCGCCCUCCACGACCGCGAGCAAAACGCAAACCUAAACCCGAACCCUAUGACGGCGUCGUUUUGGACCGCGUGCCCCUACUGCUGGGGCCUCUUCGAGUACGAGAAGAGGUACGAGGAUAGAGCGCUGCUGUGCCACGUCUGCGGGAAGGCCUUCCAGGGCGUGCCGGUGAAGCCGCCAACGAAGACGGGCGACGCCGUCAUGGAGGGGGAGGAGCUCCGGCAGUACUACUCUUGUGAAGCUAGUGUGCCAUUGAUGUGUUACGAGGUUAUGGGUAACAAUGUAUUGGGUGGACAAAAUGCUGCACAAUAUGUCUACAUUUCUGAUGAUAAUGAUAAUAAUGAUGGAGGGUUUGUGAGAAAUGAAGGGUUGCAAGGCAGUGGUGAGAAGAGGAGGAUGAGGGUGAAGACCGUGGCGAACAAGGUUGCUGGGAACAGGACGAGAAGGCAUCGAUAG